CUGAAUUUUAGUGAGGAAUAUGGUAGCGACAGCGAGCGACCGCCAGCGAUAAUCGCUGAAGACGAUGCGGACGAGAAAGUAUGCGUACAUGUAGAGAAGCCAGCGAUUCAACCGGAAGACGAGGAGUUCAUGCGUCAGUUGGAUAGGAUGCUGGCCGACCAAAUUAAGGUAGUACCUCAACAGACAUCCGUGGCAGCAGCAGCGAAUCCCUCAGUGGACAUGACGGUGCCGGCAGCAGUUCGAAAUCGAUUCCAACGACAAAUCUGUUUUGAAGACUCCCCAGGAGGGUCGAAAAACGAGAAUGCUAAACCCUCUAUGAAGGUCUCGUUAAUGGCAAGAGGCAAAGGCAACAAGCUGGUUUUGAAAACGGUCUCAAUAGAAGAAUCAGCUUUACAUGAGGCCUGGAAGAAGGAACGAGAACGCGAAGAAGUGGAGCGAGCCGACAUCAAACGAGUCACCUUGGGCCACACAGCGCGUAUCUUUGCCGAGGAAGAGCAGGAGAUGCGGCAACAAAUCUACUCGCACAGCAGAUUCAACUAG